UAGUGAGCUCACACACUCUCACACAGACACAGAUAUGACCAAGACAGCGGCAAUAGCAUCAAAGGACUUCUCCAGUAUGUGGUUGCCAGAUAUCAGGAUGUCAAAGUCAGUGGAGGUUGAGAAAGUAGGGGCUGACUCACCAUUGGAGGGCACAGAUUCUGAGCGGAAUGGACCUGAAUCAAAUCACCAGGCUCAGUCUAUGAAAGUCAAUCCCUUUCCCCUGUCACCAACCUUGAGCAGCAACAAGAAUAAGAUGGAGGAGUGUGGUGAGAUGUCCCCGGCCCUUCCUCCCUCUCACGGCCCGACCCCCUCACAGACGGCCCUGCAACAUACACAGCUCAUGCUGACCGGCUCCCAACUAGCAGGGGACAUCCAACAGUUGCUCCAGCUUCAACAGUUGGUGUUGGUGCCUGGCCACCCGCUCCAAUCUCCUGCCCAGUUCCUCCUCCCACAGGCACAGCAGGCCCAGCAAGGACUCCUAUCGACACCAAAUCUUAUUCCGCUACCUCAGCAAAACCAAGGGAGCCUGCUGUCUGCUCCAACUAGAAUGGGACUCCAAGCACAGCGAGAUAAGAGUGUGGAGGUGAGCGGCAGUGGAGGCAUGACCACGAUGCCCUCAGUGACCUCUCACCCCGAGGAGCCCAGUGACCUGGAGGAGCUGGAACAGUUCGCCCGCACUUUCAAACAGAGACGCAUCAAACUGGGCUUCACACAGGGAGAUGUAGGCUUGGCCAUGGGGAAGCUGUAUGGCAAUGACUUCAGCCAGACAACCAUCUCCCGCUUUGAAGCCCUCAAUUUGAGCUUUAAGAACAUGUGCAAGCUGAAGCCACUGCUGGAGAAGUGGCUCAAUGAUGCAGAGACCAUGUCCAUAGACAGUACCCUGCCCAGCCCCAGCUCCCUGUCCUCUCCCUCUCUGGGCUUCGAGGGGGUUCCUGGUCGCCGCAGAAAGAAGAGAACCAGCAUCGAGACGAAUGUACGCGUGGCCCUGGAGCGCUCAUUCAUGACGAACCAGAAGCCUACCUCAGAAGAGAUCCUGCUGAUUGCCGAGCAACUCAACAUGGAGAAAGAGGUGAUCCGGGUCUGGUUCUGUAACCGCCGGCAGAAAGAGAAGCGCAUCAAUCCCACCAGUGCCACCCCUCCCCUACCCAGCCAGCCCCCCACCGCCCCACCAACGCACAAACCGCCCUGCUACAGCCCUCACAUGAUGUCCAGCCAGCUGUCGCAGGCUGUGACCAGUCUCAGCAGCACAACAGUGACUACCAUGUCCUCCGUCUGCCCCCUGACUUCCAGCCUCACCUCCACCCACGGCUCCCUCAGCUCAACCCACCCCUCUCUCAGCUCCGCACCCUCCCCCGUGACUCCUCCUCCUCCUCCCCGCAGCACGGCCAGCCCAGCUACUCCCAGCCACAGCACACUCAAUCUUAACACCGGCUUAUGGCGUAUGGGUAAAAAGAACGGUGACGUGUCUAACUACAUCACCGAUUUUGCUGCAAACUUGAGGAACACUGUGAUGGGAGUUAACACAGGGAUGAACCAAGCCCUCCUCGGUAACAAUCCCCUGGCCACUAUCCAAGCCCUAGCAGCCAGUGGUGGCCAGCUGCCUCUUUCCAGUCUUGAGGGGGGCAGUAAGGUGAUGCUGGGGACCUCUGGGGGCCAGGGAGGGGGCCUCCCCUCCUCACUGUUCCUCAACCACCCUGCCCUCCUUCACAUGGGCCAGAACCCCGGCGCUGGACUGGUCAGUGCCGCUGUAGCCAAAGCCUCCCAGCCCUCCCCCUUUCCCUCGGCCAGCAGCAUCAGCCCCACCCCCUGCUCCCCCUCCCCCUGCUCCAGCCCCGCCUCUUCCUGUUCCUCCAGCGAAAUGGCACACAGCCCGCCCUCUCUGGGCGGGGCCAAGAUCGAGUGACCACGCCAAGGGCCAAUCAGAGAGGAGGAGGAAGGAGGAAACAAGAACCUCGCCUUUCACACCAAAGCUAUCUCUUUCUCUCUCUUGCGCUCUUCUUCCAUUAUUUUUUUCGCAAUGGCUCUUUCUCUCUUUCUCUCCCAGUCUUUC